AUGUCCGACGAAGUCUCCCAAUUUCUCGAGCAGGUCGAGCGCCUGCGUGGUCAACAGAUCUCAGAAGACGAAGUGAGAGCUCGUGAGCUCGAAGAUUACUUGGCUGCAAAGCGAGAAAGACAAGCUCGUCGUGAAGAACGUGCCCGAUCCAUCUCACCACAAAAGUCAUCCCCUGCAAACACCCCCUCGCCACGCUCGAGUCGACGCAGUGUGCACCUCACAGAGGCAUUGAAACUCGAUUCUCCCAAAUUUUCAAGGGAACGCAGUAGCUCAGAAUCCGCUGAGCCUGAGGCGAAACCAGAUACCUCAAUGGAUCUGAGCUCUUCACCGACGAAGGAGAACGAGGCUCCUUCUGACGUCGAUACAAAGCCCGCAACCACAACACCCACCCGUUACUCAACCUUGUCGUGGCAGCGGCGACCAAACUCCCGCAGCGGCUCAGCCCGCCCGUUAAGCAUGCUCGCAACCCAAAAUGCGACCCAACGGUCGUUUAUCGGGUCGCAGGAUUCGACACCCGCUUCUGCUUCAGCCACCGAAGAGACCUUCUCGAAGGAUCAGAUUGCCCAGUCCCUGGGUUCAAAGGACCCUUCAUGGUUUCGCCAAACGGCGGACCGAGGGGCGAGCUCAGCUGCUUACCGAAAGAACCAGGUCGAGGACACAGAUCGUUUAGAUAUGGCUUCUGUUAAGGCACAAUUGCCUGGCAUGUCGGCUGAACCAGCCAAGCCAAGCCCGCCUGAAGAGAAGCCAGCUGAACAGCCCGUUGAGGAGCCUGCUACGCCUACUAAGAUGAGACUGGCAAGCCCCCCAUCGCUCAACCCUCCAGGUUUUGAUGCUGGAGAAGACCUGUCUUUGGACGGUCGUCUUUCGAACGCAUCUCCAGGCCGCAUGUCUCCCACUCGGUCCAACUCGCGAUCCAAUUCGCCCACCAAGGGUAUGGGCGGCUUUGUUCAGAGCGCUAUGAUGAAGAGAUCAGACAGUGUCAAGCGAUGGAGCGUUACUAGCCCUCCUAGUCUUAACCGUGCCAAUUCAAUCCAAUCAAGCCAAGGCGCUGGUUUGUCGGUCAAUGCUCGUCCAACAAGCAGAGCAGGACCCGGUGCGACGACACCAGGCUCAAGCCGACCAACAUCACGACAUGGAGAAUCUGACAACGAGGUCACACCCAAGGCGACUGCUGCAGCUCCCGCUCCUACAAUUGACACAUCAUUGGGAGAUUCUGCUAUGCCUCUUAGUCCAUCUAAGACGAUGGAUCCCAGAAGAUGGAGCCCAACAAAGUCAAGCUGGCUUGAGAGUGCCUUGAACAAGCCCCCUGAGUCACCAAACAAGUCUCAUCAUAAGUCUAGCUCAUCGCAGCCAGCAUGGAUGGCCGAGCUUAACAAGAACAAGGGAAGUGUUCCCGAAGGUACACGACCUCGUCCAGGGUCUAUCUCUCAUAAGCACCAAGUUAGUAUCGGUGGACUUAUGAGGUCUACUCCUAUGGGCACAGCGACAAAGACCAACACAACUGGCCUUGGUGGUAUCUACUCCCCUCCUCCAGGUGGCAACCGACCUGUUAGUAUGCACGGACCUAGCCUGAGCUUCUCGAGAAGUGCGCCCAAACUUGAACCUGAAACACCCGUUGAGGAAAAGACCGACUCUGAACCCGUACCUGAUCCUGAACUUACCGAGGAAGAGAAGAAGACAUCGGAGCCCGCCAAGGAUGAUUCGAUAAGUCCCACCAGAGAGGUAAAGCCAGCCGCACCCUCGCCCAAGCCCAAGCCAGAGGCGCCUCCUAAGAUGGACUUCCGCAAAUCCCUGAGACACCGACCAACUGGCUCAGAAGUAACCAAGACCGAGGAGCCGGAGUUCAAGAACGUUUUCGGCACUCUACGUAGGACCAAGACCCAAAACUGGGUGGCUCCCGACCCAUUGAAAGAUAAUAUCCUUCGAGGAAAGGCUGCCCUUAACCAAACCGGAGGCCCGCAAAAGACCGAGAGAGUGGACGAGUUCAAGGAAGCUAUCUUGAAGAAGAAGGAUGACUUUAAGAAAGCCCAGGCCGAUGGCAAAGGAAUCUCAAGGAGCAGCACUCCCACGAACGAUGCCCCACUUCCAGAAGGACUUGCAAGGAGAGCCGAGAUGGCGAGGAGAAAGUCAGUGGCGGAUGUCAAGACAACACCUGCACCGAGUAAGCCAGAUUCGCCCAAGCCGACACCAGGUCCCAAAAGGAUACCCAGCCAGACCCUUUCUUCGCCCAAGCCCGCUUCUAAACCAGCCCCUGAACCCGCCGCUGACGAGGGUCUAAAGCGAGUAGUUACCGAAUCUAGAGCGAAACCGGAGGAGCCACGGGGCUUACCAGGUCUGCACAAGGAAACGAGCUCACCUGCCAGGUUGCAAGGAGGUAUAGGAGGUAAGCUCGCUGGACGGUUCAACCCGGCCCUCGCUGGUAUGCUCGCACGGGGACCGCCUCCCAUGGCUACCAAUGGGGGCAAGGCCCCUGAGGAAUCCGAAUCCAAGGGGCCUGCCAGUGCAACAGUUACAGAACCGUCCGCUCCUGGGCCGCAACUGACACAUAUGACUAAGGGUCGAGCUCGAGGUCCUAGGAGAAAAGCGCCGUCCAAAACUGCCCCCUCAGCUGCCUCCGGAACCCCCGCAGCUGAACCAAAAUCUGCACAGGAAAAGCCCAAGCCCAAGCCUACCGCGCCGAAACCUAUCGAGCCAGUCCAGAACAAGCCCGUUGAACAAGCUGCCCCUCCCGCCGAGAAGACUGAAGAGUCUGCUUCCGCUCCUCUUUCUAUUCAACAACAGGUCGCCGCAAGAGCCGCUAUUCGAGGAAAACCUACCCCUUCUACGCCUACUAAGCCCCAGGAGAACGAGCCGCGACGAUUCCAAACCCGUGCAGACCGCCCAUCUUUAUUCUCUUCUAAGGAACCCUCUAAACCUGAGGUUGGCCCCAGUGACUAUCCUUCACCAUUAAGAAUUCAGAAAACUGGCGAUGCUGGUUCGCAACCCGGCUCGCCCAAGAAGCUCGACACCAACCGCAUGUCUCGUUUCCUUGACCGCUCAUCAAACGAUGCACCAGAGCCUGCUAAAGAGCCGGUGCGAUUGACGCAUCAGCGUACAGGUUCUCGAUCUCCAGUCAAGAUGUGGCAGCGCCCUCUGCCAGAACCCGAGCCAUCAUCGCCAACAAAGGUUGACAGUGAUCCGGUCGUGUCUGUCAAGAACGCUAGAGCCAUGUUUGGCGGUACAGCCCAAGCUCCUUCGCUACCUGCUAAACCCUCGGUGGACAGAUCAGAGCCUGCUGUGGUCAAGACACCCCCGCCAAAAGCAUCGCCUCGUCCUCUUCCUGAUCCUGUUCGCUCUUCACCUCUUCAAGUCAACAAGACCCCGUCUCGAGUGGCCACCCGUCCCUUACCCACACCGCCCACCCGGGAGCCUCAGACUCCCAAGGCACCGGAAACCCCCAAGGCGCCAGUCACUCCCCGGCCUGAACAAACACCAUCAGCCGCCCCGCCAAAGACUCCUAGCCAGGGCAGUGAUGUCGCGAGCUUGCUGACUGACUUCUUUGGACCGAAACCUGCAAGGGCUGAGUACAAGGUGGAUGCUGCAGAGCUUCUGAUGAACCGACCUCCAACAGGCCCCGUGAAGAUCCAAAGCCUCAGCUUUCAAGUGUUCCAAAUCUCAGCAGAGGGCAAGAAAACACCCGUGGCGUCUCACUACGAGCGGACGCUGUUUGAGCGUGAGAUGUACAUUGCCCCUCAUAGCUUCACAAACGAGGCCGGAUGGAAGCGACUAGAGAUCUACUUCUGGGUUGGCGACCAAGUACCAGAGUCUGCGGCUGACGAUGCAUUCCUUUUCGUUCAAAAGGAGGCUAAGGCCUUGGGUGGUAAGAUCGUCAAGAUGCAGCAGGGCAAAGAGACAACCGAGUUUCUACAAGCUCUCGGUGGUGUCGUCCUGGUCAGAAGGGGUUCAAGCAACAAGUACGAUUCGUUAGCAAACAACAUGCUUUGCGGCCGGCGCUAUCAGGGCCAGGUCGCUUUCGACGAAUGCGACUUUAACCCAUCAAGUCUGUGCGCAGGAUUCGUCUACGUUCUUACAAGUCAGGGUAAGGCCUAUAUCUGGAAGGGACGAGGAUGCGAUGUGACAGAGCUGAGCGCGGCCAAGCUGGUUGCUAUCGAGCUUGCUCUUACUGGCGAGUUGAUCGAAGUCGAUGAUGGUGACGAGCCUGAGUCAUUCUGGCGGCUCUUUGAGGGAGGAUCAAAGCCCCACUCAGCCGAUCACUGGAAACUCAAGCCCAACUACGCCAAGUACUGCAGCCGGCUCUUCUGCUCGGAUGCAGACACACGACAGCAGGUCUUUGAGAUCGCACCAUUCAGCCAACACGAUCUCUCUCGCGAACACAUCUAUGUCCUCGACGCUUUCUUCGAGAUGUACAUCAUUGUUGGCGCUUCUGCUCAGUCACAAUACUCAUCCUUCCGCAACGCUCUCGACUUUGCCCAAGAGUAUGCUAUCCUCGCCGCUGGCAUGGAGGAUCGUCCAUUUGUGCCCAUAUCCACUGUCGUAUUGGAGGGCAUUCCUCGAGAUCUCAAGCGUGUUUUCCGGUUCUGGCGUGAUGAUUUGAAUCCUACGGCAACCCACACUUCAACAUCUCUCAAGAGGGGUCGAAGUUUGAGGGUGGUGUCACUGACCCAAGCACUGCAAGCGCUUAGAGAGUAA